AUGAAAACUGAGAUUCAAGCCAUCGUGUUGGCCGGAGGAGCCGGUGUUCGGCUCUAUCCUCUCGUGGACCAACAUGCACCAAAAGCUACUCUUCCUAUUGCAAAUAAACCCAUGAUUCAUUAUACACUCACUUAUUUGGAGAAGAAUGGAUUUAAAGAGGCAAUUGUUGUUGUGUUGGCUAAUCAGCAACGAGAAAUGAAUCAAGCUUUGAAAGAAUAUAGAGGCAAAAUUUCAAUUCAACUCAAGAUUGUUGAUUCAAAAGAGGCCAACGAAAAUAUGGACUCUGCAGAAGCAUUACGAGCAAUUUAUGAUUUAAUUUAUACUGAUUUUUUAGUCAUCAGCUCCGACUUGAUUACGGAUGUACCUUUAUUGAAUGUUUUGGAUAUACACAGACAACAAAAUUCUUCUCUCACUCUUCUCUUAAAGGAUGAAUCAAAUAUUAGUUCGAGUGAUUCCGAUGAAAUAGAUUAUUUUGCAUUGACAAAUUAUGAGAGAGCCGCUGUUCAACAAUUUGUUGAUUCCGAACAACCAAUUUCUGCAAUGCAAAGACGAAAAAAGUUGGCUCUCAAACCACCUCGUGUCAUUAUGGAUCAAGUAUUAGACUCUGAGGACAAAUCACUCUCCGUUCCACGUUCAUUCAUGAGAAGAUGGCCCAAUUUUACACUCACAAAAGGUCUCAAAGAUUCACACUUGUAUAUUUGUUCCAAGUGGAUUGCUGAUUUGCUUUUACAAAAACCAGAAAUGGAAUCUUUGAAACACGAUGUGAUUCCAUUCCUUGUUGAUUCACAAAAUUUACCAAGCGACAAAUUGGACGAGGUUCUCUCAAAGAUAGUGCCACCAUUUUUACAGACGGAGGCUUACAAGAUGAGUACAACAGACACAUGUGCUGACGAUUUGAUUAGGGUCUUUGCAUAUGUUGUUCCUCCACAUGAGGACAAGGCAACCACGUCAACCUCUCCAAAGAGUUUGAAACCAGGAUUAUUUUGCAAGAGAUGUAACACAAUUUCCUCGCUCCUAUAUAUUAACAGAGAGAUUGCAAGAAAGAACAAUAUUUCAUUCUUUGAAGAGCUAGCUCAAUAUAAGAACACCCCAGCAUCAGCUGCUGGAGACUCAUAUCUUUUGGGCCCUGACUGUGUAGUUGGAGAAGGCUUAAUAUUUACCGGUAUGAACAAGAAACUUCGACCAACCAUCAAAAAGAGCAAUGUUGGUAAGCAAUGUAAGAUUGGACAAGCUUCUAAAAUUGAAAACUCGGUGGUAAUGGACAAUGUGACUAUUGGAGACAACUGUGUCAUCUCCAACUCUGUUGUUGCUACUGGAGUCACCAUUGAAUCUGGAACCAAGAUGAUCAGUUGCCAAGUCGGGCCAAACUUUAAGGUUGAGGCGAACGAAUAUAAGGAUGAGCAAUUGACAGGAGGAGACAUGGAACUCUAA